AUGGGCCGCGACAUGAGACAGUCGAAAAGGCAGAAAGAGCGAACGUGGAAGAAGAAGGAAAAACGCGACGAGUCGAGCUGGGGCGUGCGUGCGUGCGUACGAAAAGAGCCGAACACGACGCCGUUACGCUUUCCGGUCGGACAUUUGCACGCCCGGGGCCACGUCCGAUACGUAAACUCAGUCUAA